AUGGGUUCCCCCCAUUGGCACGAGAUGCAUGACCAAAAUCAUAGCAACAACAGUGCCAAAAGCAUGCAAACCAACAACAAUCCAAACACCAACAAUCCGUGGUUCACUCCGCAUCAGAAUCGGUACCGAGGUGAGAGACACCGGGCGGAAGCUCCGACUGCACCGAACGAACUCGGUUCGUACCCUCCGCUGCACGGAUCGGGCUCGAGUGCGCCGUCGUACGAACAUCGGUCUCACGACAUACCCAUGAGUGACAGUCGUUCGCCCAGUGACGCUUCUCCGGCGGACCUUUCCCCCUAUGCCGCCAAUCAGUCGCCGCCUAGUAACGAGCAUCACUCGAUGGGAGGGCAAAUGCAUCCGCACUACAAUCCUUACCAGGCACCUUCGAACGGAUACCCGACAGAAUCCUAUCCUCCCCGCGAUACGCAACAGACCCAAUAUCCUUCCCACCAAGCCUAUCCCGGCGUCCACUCAAACCACUACAAUCCGAAUCGCCCACCACUGGAAUUCGCUUACCCCUAUCAUCAGGAAGAUGAAGCCGCCCCCAAUCGACACCACCGAUCGGUCCACGGACCUAAUGUCCCGUCACAGCAUCAUCCCUACUAUCCACCUGGUCAAACGCAACCACCUCCACAGCACAACUACCAGGUUCAUGCGCGUGAACAGCCGCAUAGACCUCCGACGGGCCCUGGCAACCCUUACGAUCCGUACGCAACCUAUCGCCACCACUAUCACGCAGGGACACACCCCAUCGAACCCUCUCGUUUGCAGGCACACUCCGUAGGACCGCGCCACUUUCACCAGGAAAGAAGGGAUCUAUACGGAUAUUACUAUGGAGGCGUUCCUCCGUACGCACCCCAAGCUCGAGGACUGCAUACUUUUCCUCCCCGCUCGACCUUUCACUUUAGCGACCAGCAUCUUGUCCAGACGCACGGUGACGUGCGAAGCUCUAUGGGAUCUGCCGAGCCAGAAAGUGCGUAUACCGACAGCCAACGCUUUUCCUUUUCGAAUUCACUCAAUCGGGCUUCCACUCAUCAUGUGGAGGGUGGCCUCACACCGUCACCCCCGACGAUCCCUCCGCCGCCCCGUACACAAGGAAAAGAGACCACAGCCGAACGUAGCAAUCCUGAUUCCAAGCCAAGCUCAGGCGAAGGUCCACUACGUGACCGCCAGAAUACUCACGACAGUACUUCUCUCAACGGCAGUAGCAAGGACAAAUCGCUGUUGGCCGUCCCACAAAAGCAAGACAACGCCGCAAAAAUUCUCAUGCAAUUCCAAACCAAGCCGCCGUACUCGGGUGGUCCUACCACUAUUCCGAAUCAGCCCUCCAUGUCGGAAUCGGAGCGCACCACUUCUUCGGCUGCGGAACCGAUAGCGGUUCCACCACACCACCCACGACGACUAAUACUUCCGUGCGACAGGUCCAUUCUCAACGCCCUUCACUGCUUUGUUCGUGAAGAACUGCUGGAAGUGUUUGUGGUCGAAGACACGGCCAAGAAUGGGUCGAUGGUGGGUCACGUUGGAAUGCGUUGCGUCUACUGCGCACAAGUUCGCGAGCGUACCGGUCAAAUUGAUCCCAAGGAAGCGCCCAUGGCCAUUUUUUAUCCCAAAGCGGUUAGCGAAAUCUACCGGCUCGUAACUUCCUGGCAACGUUGCCACGUACGAAGGUGUCACAACAUACCACCCGCCCUUCGCAAAAAAUGGGAAAAGCUGCGCACAACCGAAAAAUCCCGUGGCAAGACGGCCCACUGGACCGACAGUGCCCAUGACAUUGGCCUCACCAAUAUAUCCUCCCGUGCCGGUGGUAUUCGGUUUCUCCCGCCGGAUACCGUCGAUGACCAGGAAAAAUCAGUGGGUAUGACCGUGGAAACAGCAGCAGUCACACCGGCUCCGUCGAGCGAGGAGCCCACGGAUAGAACCGUAGCCACCCUUUAG